GUAUAUCUUAUAUAUACGUCAAUGUCUGUUAAGUGUUAUUUAAGAUUUGUUUCAAUUGUAAGUGAAGGAGCAAAUGUGAAGAUAUUUUAACUUAAAAUGGAUGGUAAAAAAUUGUUUGGUUAUAUUGGAAUGGUAUAUAUACUACUUACUUAUGUUACAGUUGCAACUAAUAGUGUCCAGGUUAAUCUUAUAGAUAACAACCAAGCUCCGUUAGUUGCAAUGCUUGACACAGCAAGUUUAAACAAAAAUAUGAAGACCUAUAUCAACCAAGUUAUAUUACAAAGUCUUGGAGAUUCCGUAAGGGAAACAGUUGAAGCCAUAAUUAAAGAAGAGUUCGAACAACUCAUCUCUAAUAGCAGUAUGCCAACUCCAGGGACAGCAUCUAAUCAAACUAUUAACUCAGAUUGGAUUCCGGUUUUCAUUGCCUGUCCAGGAAACAAGCGAUCAGUAUAUAGAUCUUGGUUAACUCCUGCUCCGUUCGAUGACCCUCUUGAAAUAUCUCACAAAACCUGUGAAAAAGAUCAUAAAAGAAGAAGUAUUAUUGAUCGAUGGAAUUGGGAUGAUGAAGAUCUUAUUGAACAGGUUCGGGUCGAUCUUUAUAAAGAUUCACAAGUAGAUGCUAUGUUUUUAUUUGAUGGAAAAGGUUCAACAAGUGUCAGCUGGUUUUCAAAGGAAAAACUUCUACAAAGUACAUACAAGGACUUGUCUCGGACUGCAACGAUUAAUUACUUCUCAAUUGAAGGGUCGCACACUGCUGAUCGCCAUUUUUACAUUAACAGUCACUAUGGUGGUUGUCCAAACGAUUUCGGAUGGUUGCAGAUAAUAGAUUCCCGUCUUAGAUUUGGCACAACUGGUGGCUGUACGUUUGAUCAUUUAUAUGGACGGGAGUAUCCAUAUUUCAUGUAUGGUACAAGAAACAAAGCUUGUCAUUAUGAUAAGGAAGGUGAAUGUGGAUUUGCUGACAUGAUGGUCAUAUCCGUCAAGAAAAUAAAGUGACAAAGAAGCGAUAUGAAAACGAAAAUCAAACAUGUCUCUCUCGUUGAUAGCACACGAUAAAAGAAUAGAAAUUAAAAACUGUAUAAAAAACUGUA